CCUCUUGCCAACAUGCUCAUCGUUUAGAUAGAGCGAGACAGGGUAAGCUACUUGUCUUGGCAAUUUAUUUUAAAAACUAUUCUUUCAGAUUAGAUAGCUGAAAUAAAUUAAUAGCACUUGAAAACACACUUCACCAUCUUUGACUAUUGUGUCGUAAUUGUUUUGACACUGGGAUAUUACUACCAACGAACUUUAAACGAUAGAAGUAAUAAGCCUAUGGAUAUCUGUGUCAAAAAUCUAGAUUACGUGAUAUCAUCAUAUUAUACACUUGAACGGCAUCAUUUAUAUUAACAGUAACUUUAAUCAUAAUUCAUCAAUAAACAAGAUUAAUGAAUGGACGGAGGACAACUAUAAACUAACAGAUAUAAGAGAACAGAACUUAACUCGGUGUUAUGUGAACUUUCAGGAAUAAUCGUGUAAAUUUGGGGUUUGAAAAUAACUCUGAAAUAUGAAUUUGGGUAAUCUCAACCUUAACUUAUCUCAGGGUGGCAUUCUGGGUUUCAAGCUACCUGGACAUUUUGAACCUUCCGAGGAAACAAACGAUGAAGAUAUAGAAAGGGACUGUGAUAAGGGGAGUUGUGAGGAUGGUGCGGAAUGUACUAUAUGGGAAAGUAAAUGGCAGUGUAUGUGUGUUAGUACGCUAACUAAACCAAAUAUAAAUGGAACUUGUGGAGCAUCAAAACUAGUUGAUCUGUCUACCAAUCAUAUACCCGAUGGAACAAUACAUCAUGAAAUAUUGAAGAAAAUAGUUCAUCAUUCCAGUAAAAAUUUGUCUUCAAAUGAGUCAAUGUCCCGAUUACAUGACCGCCCUAUAAAUUAUAGUUCCGAAUGGAUGUUACUACAGAUUGUCUUACCAAUAACUGUAUUUUUAUUCCUCUGUUUUCUUGUUACUGUUGUGUGUUUAAAGAGAUACAAAACAAUGCGCCUUCGAUCAAAACGCGGCUCUGACGGUGUCGUCAAAAACAAUGACAAUGUUCAAUUACUGGAACGAAUGAACAAUAUUCAGAAAAAUCCAACAUAUUUUAGUGCUUCGCAAAAUGGUGAAAAUGGGCGAAACUUAAACAUCAAUGAACUGCCAAUUGAUACCUUGAAACUUUUAGUUGUUGUUGGAGAGGGAGCAUUCGGUCAAGUUUUCAGAGGUGAAUUAACCGAUGAUGAUGGUGUUACACUACAGAAUGUAGCAGUUAAAGUAUUAAAAGACGGUGUUUCACAUGAAAUACGUGAAGAUUUUGAACGUGAAGUAGAAAUAAUGGGUGCUUUUGAUCACGAUAAUAUUUUACGUCUAAUUGGCGUAGUUACAGAAAAUGUCGGUGAUACGCCGUAUAUGGUUUUUGAAUAUAUGGUACAUGGUGAUCUAGCUGAAUUAUUACGUAAAACAGAUAGAGCUUUACAAAAUCACGAAAACAGUGUCGUUCUACAAAAGACUGAUCUGAUAGACAUAGCAACCCAAGUCUCAAAUGGUAUGGCAUAUCUGACGUCACAGCAUUUUGUUCAUCGUGAUUUAGCUACGAGGAAUUGCUUAGUAGGAGAAGGUCUUGUGGUAAAAAUAUCGGAUUUUGGCAUGUCGCGUGAUAUUUACACUUGUGAUUAUUAUAAGGUUGGUGGAUCUAGAAUGUUGCCGGUAAGAUGGAUGUCUCCAGAAAGUGUCAAAUAUGGUAAAUUUACCAUAGAAUCCGAUGUAUGGGCGUAUGGUGUUGUUUUAUGGGAAAUAUUUAGCUCCGGUCGACAGCCGUAUUACGGACAUUCCAAUGAAGAGGUCAUACAAUUUCUGGACACUGGCAUUCUUCUUCAGCGACCAAACGAUUGCCCUUCCACAAUAUACCAUGUUAUGUUAGGAUGCUGGAAGCAAGAUCCAAAAGAGAGAAUGCCAUUUUAUAAAAUCCAUAACUAUCUCUCCGAAUAUAGUAAACACGUAACCAGAAACAUGCACGUCCCUAUUCAAGAUAUCGACGUCGAGGCUUCACACGAAAUUCUGACGUAGAACGCAAUAUAACUAGAAUCGUAGUUUUAUUGGUGUACCACUGAUGGCUUCCUCAUCAUUUGGUUACGUAGCACAUUUAAUGGCACCUGUACAUUCCGCAUUUCAAAUACAGCAAUCGUUUUAAACAUUGUUUUAAUAUAUUAUGUAACGACUUGUAUAUGUAAGUCUUAUAGUGUAUUAAGAAAAUAAACUUCCGUGAAUUUUAAAUAUUUAAUAUAUUAUUUACUUCUAAUAAUCGACCAAAAUGUUUUAGGUCGUCAUAUGACUUGCGUUUUAAUUACAAUUAUAAUCCUGCAUCGAGCUUGGAAAAUUAGAAAGUGAUUUUAUUUUUGUCAUUCUCUGCUUCUGAAGUUCAAAUAAGUUCCUGCUAACUUUAAAAAUUAGAAAAUGGCAUUGACAUAAUUGAAAUUUUGAUUUUUGUAGGCUGUCGUGAACGAGGCAGUGAAUGCUUAAUAUUUGAUUAAUUUACUCAACUUUCUUGAUUAAGAUAGCCACCAUUUUUUACCAUGCUUUUGUAUUCUAAGUAGUCUGUAGUAUUUCUACAAAUAAAGUGUAAAGCCUCCGUGGGCGCACUAACUUCGACAUAGUGGCCAUUGUUUACCUGAUAAUUCAAGAGUGGUUACAAAGUGAUUGCGGGGUAUUGUGAAAUGGUGUGACGGUGAGAUUAUAGCCAAAGAAAUGAAGUAGUGACUGUUGGAUAAUAGGAAACCCAUAGGGUAUACCUGACUUUAAGACAAUGAUAAUAAGAGCCGGUUGACUGUCAUAAGUAAUAGUAAACUGACUGUAUGGAAAUGAUUAUUUUAUAUGUAAUAGUAAACUGACUGUGUGGAAAUGAUUAUUUCAUAAGUAUUAGUAAACUGACUGUGGAAAUGAUUAUUUUAUACGUAUAAUAACUAGUAAAUUGACUGUGUGAAAGUGACUAUAGUAAACUGAUUGUGUGGAAAAGAGUACGGCAUAAGGAAUAGUAAACUGACGGUGUGGGAACAAACAUAUUUCCUGAAGAAUAAUAAACUUUAAAGGGGAAUAUUUUCUAAGAAAUAGUAAACUAGCUGUGCGGAAAUGGACAUAAUUAAUCUGUUUAGAUAAAGUGCUGAGCGAAAAUGAAACUCCGCCAAAAUGGUGUAUUGACUGGGCCAAGAGAAAACUAUAUUAUAUAUACAUUAUGACACAGAAAGAGUAUUGUUAGUUGCAAAAUAGUUUUAACGUGCAUUAUUAGUUUCAAAGAGCAUUAUUUGUUUCAUAGAGUAUUAUUGUUUCAAAGAGCAUUAUUAGUUUCAAAGAUUAGAGAAUAUCCCGCUCCAUAUCAAUCACAUCAUAUCUGUGAUUAUAUAAGAAUUGUUCUGCAAGAUACUGGCCCAAAUACUGCCAAAUUCGUCGAUUCAUCGUUAUAACACCUUUCUUAUGGGCUAGUGAUUUUAACAUGUUUUGGGCAUUAAUAAAGGUAAUAAUAAAGGGCCAUAUGGAAAUGCAGGUAUUUUGAAUAGUAAUUUCGAAAGCAUAUCUUUAACGUUCAUAUCUCAAGAACUAAUUUUCAAAUCUUUGUGGGGAAGAUCAUUAUGGAAAAAGGGCAUAACACUGUCGUAAUAUUUAUACAUUUUAAAGCCUUCAAAGUGCACUUUUAACGGGAUUGUUAUGGAAUUAUUUUAUACGUGAUGGGUUGGAUUUAUUGGAAUUAGUUUUGCAGCUAACAUGGCUGACAUGGCUGCUGAUGGGCAUUUAACUACGGGCUCUUGUAACAUGGAAAAUCUCUUUCGAAAAGAAUAUUCAGCUGAGGAUAAGUUUUAUGCUUAAAGUGUAUUACAUUCAUAUCCAAUAAGCGAAAUAAUCAAAUUUAGGGGAGAAUGACUGGUCUGAAACUAAUUCUCUUAUAGAAAUAUUAAUUAAGUGAGAAAGUGGAUUUUAUAUUUGUCCAUUUUUCUUUAAUUUUAUCCAAUAUCAAUUCCGUUCAGUCAUCAACUUGUAUUUGAUUGUUCUCUGUGCCCACCUUUUUCUGCCUAAAGGUAAACAAUUUUCGCCACCCACCAUGGCCUUAUUUCGUUGCCGGGUCGUAUUUUUGUUGUGGAACCAUUUUCUUUUUAGAAAGUACAAUAAUCCUAGAGAUUUUCCAUGGAACAAGCGGUUGUGCCCUAAAGGGGGUUCGUGUUUUCGAAGGUGAUAGAUCAAGGGUUCCCAACCUAGUGUAUAUUUACCCCCAGGAUGUAUACAUAUUUUUUUUCAAAUUAUAAUUUUGAGGUUGAGAAGAAACUAAGUGAAAUAACAAUGCCAUGUGCCAUUACGUGUAUUACAAUUAUUGUUAUUAUAACUUAAACUAUAAGUUAAAACAAAUCCUUUGUCGGUCGCUUUAAUAUGGUAGAAGUGAAAACGCAUAUUACUGAAAAAAAAGAGGAGUGGGUGGGUGGGGUACAUUUACUUUCGAAACAUUGUCAGGGGUAACGUGAUGAAACAAGGUUGGAAACCCCAAUACUAGAUCUUCAACAAGCUUGUGUUAAUUGUUCUAAUCAGUGAAAGUGUAUAAUACAUAAUAUUAUUUAUAUUAUUAUGUAUACAGAAAUGAUUUGUUUGUAUAUAUUGAUUAUUAAUUAAUAUAUUGUAUAUAACAAGAGGAAAAUGUAUAUGUCAUUAUUUUAUUAUAGUAUGUUAUGUCAAACGAGUCUUAUAUCAGCUAUAUUUUGUAGAUUGUUUUGUUGAAUGGUCAGCGCCCUGACCCGAUAAAUAUUGUCUGCUAUCAACUCAAAAGAUAAAAAAUGUCAAGGAAUCAUUAAAAACUAUUAUUAGUAGAUGUAACAAACGGAUAACCCGAACUUCUUUGCGAAUAUUUUAUGCGUGGUUGCCUAGAUUCCACAUAAUGGAAUGUAACUGUUCACACACUUCUGUGUAUAUAUUAUGGCAAAACGGUGUUGCCUCAUCUGCUAGAUUCCACAUAAUAUACAUUUAUAGGGUAGUUGUUGUUAAUUAUUAUAAAUUUUGGUAAAUAGAGAAACCCAAUCUUACUAGAAAAAUUAUUCCCGAAAGGGCGAAAAUAUAAGGUUUCACUAACUGGUAAUCGCGUCGACUUGUUGUCUGGUGGAGUGAUGUAGGGAGACUUAAUAAACGGCGGAAAAAGAAAUUGGUAGAGGAGUAUUCAAGAAUUUGCUUAUAGGCUUCAAUAUUUAUAGUAAAUGGAUAGCAAGUAACAACAAAUACAAGCUCUAUAAAUGUACCCUCUCUGAAUUAAGUCACUUGACAAACACGGCUGCUUAAUAUAGUUUCUUGUCGGCUUUGGGUAGUUUUUUGCUAUAUGGUCUGCAAACAUUUAACCUAAUUUACCUAUAUAAAUUAGUUUGGUUUAACCCCCUGGGCAAAUAAGGGACAAAAAAAUAUGUGUUGGUCUAAUGACACAAAUCUGAAUAUGGAUAUUUGUAACAUGGACGAGGAAUCUUCCUUUGUUCUUUUCGUUGAAUAAGCAAAUUGUUUUCCCUCUUUGCUGGUUUACACUAGUUUUAGUAGAAAUCAUAUAGAAAAGUGGGGUGGGUUUUCUGUGCAAUAACAAUAAGCAUGUUGAGCAGGUGUCAAUGUUACAAGUCAUUUAUAGUACGCUUCAUUCGUUAACAGGUUUAAAACCUCAGCCUACGGCCUCUGGUUAAACCUGUUAACCCAUGAAAGCAGUGCUAUAAAUAUAACGUAACAACUGGUGUAUACAUGAUUCCAGUAUCUUUGAAAUGAUUUAAAUAUAUAUAUUAAAGGGGGUUUUAAAUAUCUAUAAUAGCCUUCGACAUCAAUAAUAUUAUCUUUAGCUAUACUAGCGCAAACACUAACUCGUUCAAACGACAUACUAACUGGUUCAAACGGAUUAAGAUUUUCGUUUUGUUUGGCACUUUUGGGGCUUCGUAAUAUUUAAGAAUUAAUAAUACCCAUCCCAUGUCUAAGACACGGUAUCAUUUUAGAAAUUUAAAGCGGCAUUAAUGAAGAUAAGAUAAAGAGCUGACAGUUCUCGCUAUAAUAGUUAAACAAUAUAUAAUGUAAAGAGAAUGUGCUGAAAUUUUCUGUCAAAUUACUUGACCUUGAGCCGUGAAAACCCCUUUCAAUAACUCUGUAGCCUCGAUUAUCAUUGUUACCGUUUCGAUUAUCCAUUUUACGGUUAAUUAUGAACAGCCAUUGAACCGCAGAUCGGAUUCAAAUCUGUUUAAAAUCAGAUCCGUCAGAUGGUAUUGAGAGUUGACUAAUUUGAUAUAUUAAAAGGAAACCAUGAUUCGCGUGAAUUUGAAUAUAAUAUUUUCCCUAUGAAUGCAAACAACAACUGGCCUGAAAUUUGUUACAUAACAAAUCUGGGUCUAAGAAUUGGACGUGUGCCCACCCAUUCCUCUACUCGUUUUGUAUUUUGUAUGACAUGCAGCCUCACUCAACAGCGGCCUCGCUUCGUACACUCUAUCAUUUAGCCUCGAUCUAAACUUCCGGGAGUAUGACGUCAACGUAGCGGUUAAUCUCCGCUUACGACGCCUUUUAAAAAUUUAAUCAAUCAAUGCAAUCCUGUUUAAAUCAAAGCCGAAUCCCCCCCCCCUCCCGGGUUCUACCGAGUUGAUUUUGUGCUUGCUGUGUAAAUAAAGAUCUAAUUUAUAAUUUCUAUGAAAUCUGAAGAAAUAAUAAAGACUUGCAAUAAUCAGAUUUAGCUCUUGCAUAAUGUAGGCUAUGUUUAAGGUGCUUAAGAAUGAAAAGAAACGGGACUUAGCCUCCUGUAUCUCCAUCGACUAAACCAUUCAUUUACACAUUGAAUAUACGAGAAUUAAAAUCAUCAUUUUGUUACUACAAAUAGUUC